AGGCGCCGCCAAAUACCAAAUACAACGCUGAGCAACCAAAUUCCUCUUAUCGCUCAACACGAAACCGCAAAAAAUCAAAAUAUAAACUUGCAUACAUGUUGUUGUACUUGUAUGCGCUGUUGUUGUAAUAUUCAUAGCGAAAUGUUAUAUUUACAAAUCACUCAACUGUCUGUCAAGCGUACGACAACAACUAAUUUCUAUCCAUUAUAGUAGUUAAUUUUAAUCUAUUAAAAUAAAAAAAUUGUUUAUGUGCAAACGUGAUUAAAUUUAGUUAGUUUAAUUCUAUUAAAAAAAUAUAUUAUUUGUGUGCAAACGUUAUCAAACUAAAUCAAUGUGAUGGCUACGAAACUAACUACCAAAACAGCCGAAGUGAUACAUUUGGGCGCUACAACCAAAACUAUUAUCCAGGAUGCGGAAACGCAAAAUCUAGCAACGGAGCAUAAAGUAGAAAAUAAUGACAAAAGUGGCAAUAAUAAUCACAACGGCAAUAAUGACAAUAACAGCAACAAUACCAAGAAUAGCUACGAUAUUGUCGAAACGGAUAAUGAACCUGAAACAUACCCGUUUGUGAAGCGUCCCACUAAAUCAGAGCUAGGACGUAUGAACAGUUUAGAUUAUGCAGGAAAUAAAAAUGUAGUGGAAGGUUUGAUGGACAUUGCACUAUUGUCAGCGAACGCUAAUCAGUUGCGGUUUUUACUUACAUACAAUAACAAAGCGCCUACCUUUUAUAUCAGUCUGGGGCUAGUGAGUGCAUCUUUAGUGCUGCAGGUUGUCGUAGGUCUGGCGCUCAUCUUUAAGCGUCACAUGAAGAAGAACGAUCGGCGUUACAUCUACAUAAAGGAGCUGUUGAUUUUUGGCAUAUUUAUUAUAACUGUAGUGAAUGUACUGAUUGCUGCAUUCACCACAACCGAAAGCGAUGACAAACCAUAGACGACCCAGCUUGGACGAAACGAUUGACCGAAUAACACCAAAUAACAAUGUAAAAUGAAAUUUUUUAGAAACUAAAAAGACUAAUAAACACUGCUAUUAAGAA